UGACGUCAGGCGAGUGAGUGACGUCAGACAGGAACCAGUGGAAGGGAAGGGAGCCGGACAAAUCAAGAUGGCGUCCCUAGGCAGAAGAGGAAAGAUAUUUCACAAUAAAUAAAACAUUUCGAUUAUAAUUCUAAUUUAGACUGUACACUUAUAAGAAUAAAGUCAUAUUUGUAAGAGCGAGACAGGCCAGAUACAGAGUAUCUAAAUGGCUACAAGGAGGUCUUUAUCGGAUGCACAAAACAAUGGACCCAUCAGCUACCUUGAUGAUGUUCCCUUCAAGGUUAAUGAAAGGUUUCGCUGUCCUGCCAAGGUGGGGCUACCUGUUGGCUUUUGUCUGCCGGACUGCACCUCUCUGUUGGUGGACUCACAGUACGACUUUUCUCUGGAGAAAUUAAGCGUCCGCUGGGGCGCGGAGCUGGCCGAGGCACGAGCAGCAGAGGCGCGAGCAAAAGAGGCCGCGGCGAAACAGGAAGCGGAAAAUCGCGAAAGCGUGUCUCAAUCUGAGGACGUGAAUGGCGCUGGAGGGAAGAAAGCCCCAUCUGCCGUUGAAGACCACGACCCUCCGCCACCAGCAAUGAACCCUAUUCUGGCAGGAUUGAGCCAUGACGCCAUACUCACUCCUCUGCCUGCUCCAAGUCUUGGUCCGAGGAAAAUCCAGCCCAGCACUCCUCAGUCACACGGCCUCAACCUUGCUGACUUUGAGCGGGAAGAGGACCCCUUUGACAAGCUGGAGCUUAAAACAUUGGAUGAUAAAGAGGAGCUUCGGAACAUUCUCCAGAGCCAGCCUCAACCCGCUUCGUCUGUAUCCCCUCCGGUUGGGUCCCAGCAAGGGCCAGCUUCGCGUCGAAACACCCCAUCGCCUCCCACCAACACCAGCCUUCCCGCAAAACCGGGCUUUGCCCAUAAACCAAAUGGCUUGGUUGCCUUGAUGGAUAUGGACGGAGUUGGGCAACAUGGGAAAUCGGGUUUCGAAGCGGAGGAUCGACCUUGCAACAUCCGCUCUCUGAGCUUUCCCAAGCUGUCGGAUUCCGGGGAUCCCGAGCCGGUUCGGUACAGCGCACGCAACGCACCCACGCCUUCUCCCCGACGGAACCUACCCAACGGCAGCCCCCCGAUCAAACCCAAGUCCCAAGUUAUCGUCGCUCCAGAGCACCUCAGCGUUUCUAAGGGUGGUGGACCAAAACAGGUAAACUCGGGGUCAGGUUCCGCUGUCUUGCCAUGCGGAGGAGCCUUGCUAAGCAUGACCCCUGGUGAGCGCCAGUGUGUGGAAACCCUUGUGGGCAUGGGUUAUUCCUAUGAGGGCGUUCUUCGGGCCAUGCAGCGACAAGGGCAGAAUGUGGAGCAGGUGCUGGAUUAUCUCUUCGUCCAUGGACGUCUGUGUGAGCGGGGCUUUGAUGCAGGAGCGGUGGAGGAAUGCUUAGAGCUGUACCAGUGCUCAGAAGAAAAGGCGCUGCAGUUCCUUGAGCUGAUGUCAAGAUUUGGUGAGAUGGGAUUCGAACGGGAGGCCAUCAAAGAGGUGCUGUUGGUCCACAACAAUGAUCAAGACAAGGCGCUCGAGGACUUGAUGGCUCGGGCUACUGCGAGCUGAGCCGAGCCAAUGAAGCAACCGCCGCAUGGCCUGCUACCUGUUAACCACCUCACACAGCCCCUUUUUUUCUGCCCCUCUAAAAAUCACACCAUGUCCUGCAACAUGUGCUUGCCUUGGCUGUGGAUGAGAGAACUGGGAGAGUACUUGUUUCUCUCUGUGCUCCACCGUAUUGUCUCUCAAGCACUUUAAGACUGGGUGCCAAGAGUAUCAAUACUUCACAGCGGUGUUUCUUUCUAAUCAACGCUGAGGUUAGGUUCCAGGAACUGCUACUGCGACGGUAUUGAAGACUGGAGAUGAGGACCGAGGAGAAUUGGGCUUUUGGCUUUGACGCCAUUUAUAUUUGCUUCCACUUGGAAGUGUUGAUCUGACUGCAGGUCAGAAUCAGGAGGAGGUAGAAAACCCUUGAAAACCGCUUCACAGCCAAGCUGCCAUCUUCCACUGCUCUGCAGAUAUCGUAAGUGUGGUGGGAAGGAAUAAUGGGCGUUUCUUGAAAUUGAAACAGACGUCCAAAGGCAAAGGAUGAACGUCACACCAGACAGAGAAAGAAGUGACUCAAGAAGUGCCCGUUCCGCUUCACUGUACCUUCUCCUCUCAUUUGUUUCUCUCUGUUCAUUUUCAGUGUUUCACGUCAUUUGAUUUUGCAUUCACAUCAUUGAACGUUCAUCAUUGCAACCCAGAAAAUAAGUGGGUACUACGAGUCCGGUGUGCUCUUUUACCUGCAUUGGAACAACCUGUUGCACGAAGCGGCAAGAGAGGGAGGCUCUCUCCUCUUGAUGAAACAGUACAUAGAAAAUCUCCCACACACACACACACACACACACACACACACACACACACACACACAUUCUAGUAAUUAUCAAGUUCUUUAAAAUAGUACACUGCAACUUUAAUUUGAACAUACAGAGUUUGAUAGGAUGUAAGGUAUGGUAACACAAAUGACACUUUUAACUUACCUUUGUUUGCAUACUGGAAAGGCGUGGAUGGAGGUUGGGCGAUGUGUGUGGAGAAUUUUGUUUUGCAGCCACAUCACAGUGCAAUAGAGACAUGGAACUGUUGACUGGUUUUCAAGUCUUGCUUGAAAUUUGGAUGGAACUAGGCAAGUUUUGACGAGUGAUUUUUUUUCCUCAUUUUAUCAUUUCAUCCAUCUAAUCAAACAUGACUUGCAUUGGUUGACUUGUUCAGAUGUUUCCAUUAAUCUGACUCAGAUUUGUUGCCAAAACUUUGUCACAGAUGUAAAAAAAAAAAAGUGGGGGGGCAUGUUAAUCUUUGUGAUAAUGCACAAUUGAAGAAGGGAGGGUAAUGUGAGGUAGCAAUAUGAGCAGACUACCCCACCCCACUCCCAAAAAAAAAAAAAAAAAAGUCAGUCUCAAAGAAAAAAAAAGACAAUUUGAAUGAUGUCCAUUCCUAAGCGGGGGUCAAAUCAGUACACCUACCUUCCAGAACACCAGCCACAAUAUUCCAUUCAUGUUCCUUAAGCAUAGUCUAUUUUUAGUUACUUGAGCCUAAAUGACUGAAGAACCUAUGGUAAAUUGUCAAUUUGCAGAUAGGAUCAAUUUUUAAUCUUCAGAACUUUAGGCAUUUUUUUUACCCCAUUUGUCAAGCAUUAAAUUUGUUGUCACUUUUCAACUGCGAGCAAUCUUAAAUUGCUGAAUUCAGUUCUGUAUUUUCUGUUGGUUUAAACACUUGGCUUCAUAUUUUUUCUUUGUAAAAUUUGACAUGACAAAAAUCUGUCUUGCCUCUAGUUUGCUUACUACAACAAAAUGCAAGCGGACAAUGCUAUGCCACUAAAUUGAGAGUCGUUGGGAUGUACUGUUGGUUUUGGGGCCUUAUCCAUCAAUGUCUCAUCCCGUGUCAGGUUCAACUUUUAAGGGUUGUCAAAUACUCCUAAUUUAUCAUACAACAUAUUGUGUUGGUUCUAAUGUAUUUGGUGACAACAUAAUCGGACAUUUUAAGGUGAAUGACCUCCUGAAUUGUGGGUUAGAAAUGUUCAAUUUCCUCUGCUGUAACUUGGAAGGUCCCAUUGAAUAAAUACGCAAAUCUUUUCAAUA